UUGCCUUAUUCCUUAGUUUUUACUACUUACUCCUUAGUUUAUUCCUUUCUUACUUUACUUGUUCUUUACUAUCAUUCCUUAGUCUUUAUUAUUAUCUUCUUUCCCUAUCUAAUACUAUAUCUUCCUUACUUACUCUUCUAUUUAUUACUCCUACUUAUCAUUCGUCUCUUACUUACUCUACCUUGUUAUCACUUAUUCAUUACUUACUAUUAUCUCUUAUAUCUCUUCCCGCUUAUUCAUACUUACUUAAUUUCCUUACUUACUCUCAUUAUUACUCCUUCCUCUACCCUCCUAUCUUACUCCUAUCAACUACGUCUUCAUAUAUUAGUCUCCUUGCUAUCUCUUACUUAUUAUUAUUACUUCUUUACUCACCUUGCCCCCUACUUCGCUCUCCUACCCUAUCUCCUACUUCUACCCAUCACUUCCUCUAGCUUCUAUUCGCCUGUCUUCCAAUAUUCCUCCUUGCCUUAUUAUCACGUAUUUAUUAGUUCUUCCCUUAGUUAG